AUGACUCUCCACGCGGCAGUCAUCCAGAAGCUCCUCAACACCGGCUCCCAUCUCGGCCGUCGCGCCGCCGAGCACCAUUUCAAACAAUACGCUUACGGAGCCCGCAACGGAAUGACCAUAAUCGACUCCGACAAAACCCUAAUCUGCCUCCGCAGCGCCGCGAAUUUCGUCGCCAACCUCGCGCACAUGAGAGGGAACAUCUACUUCGUCAACACCAACCCUCUCUUCGACGAGAUCGUCGAGCUCACUUCACGUCGCAUCCAGGGAGACACUUAUAAUCACAACCGUUCGAUGAAUCUGUGGAAGAUGGGAGGCUUUUUGACGAACAGUUACAGUCCUAAGAAGUUUCGGUCGAGGCACAAGAAGCUUUGCUUUGGUCCGACGACGAUGCCUGAUUGUGUUGUUGUGUUUGAUACUGAGAGGAAGAGUUCGGUGAUUUUGGAGGCUGCUAAGCUUCAGAUUCCGGUUGUUGCGAUUGUUGAUCCGAAUGUGCCGUUGGAGUUUUUUGAGAAGAUUACGUAUCCUGUCCCGGCACGUGACUCGGUUAAGUUUGUUUAUUUGUUUUGUAAUGUGAUUACUAAGUGCUUUGUGGCUGAGCAGAUGAAGAUGGGGAUCAAUGAUGGUAGUAGUAAGGAAGAUAUGAUCAAGGAUUUAGCUGCAUGA